AUGUCAAGUAUAAAGAGUGUUAAGAAUGCACCAAAGGGUUUCAAUAAAAUAUCACCAAUAUUGUAUGAAUUCGAGAGAAGAUUGAAAGAAGUUGAGAGAUAUAAAGAGUCAAAUUCUAAAUUAUCUGUUAAAGCGAGAGAAAGCAUUUGGAAAAUCAUUCAGAUCAACCAUGAAAGGUCAUUGUAUGUAUACAAAUUGUAUUAUAGGAGGAAACUAAUUUCUAGAGAAUUAUACUUGUACUUGAUUAAGCAUAAGUAUUGUGAUAAGCACUUGAUUGCAAAAUGGAAGAAACAAGGGUAUGAAAAAUUAUGUUGUUUGUUAUGCAUACAGAGUGAUGAAACCACACAUGGGAAAACAUGUAUCUGCAGAGUACCAAGAACCCAGUUAGAGUUGGAAGCAGAAAAAAAGGGAACUGAAGUUAAGUUCAAACAGUGUAUUCACUGCGGUUGUCGUGGUUGUGCAAGUACAGAUUGA